AUGUCGGUGACGGCAGUACAUGUCACACUGCAGCCGGCGCAUGGCUACGUUCCACUCGUCGUUAUUGGCGCCGGUCUCGUCGGCAUGUGGGCCGGCUUCAAAGUUAGUGCAGCCCGGAAGCAGUACAGUGUCCCGGACCCACAAAUACUUACUGAAAAGAAGGACAAAAAUGUCAUAGAGAUCGACUGCGUGCAACGCGCACAUCAGAACAUCAUGGAAAACCUUCCGCUCUUCUAUGCUACACUUGCCACCUCUUCGAUCUACCGUCCUAAGGUCGCAGCAGUGGCCGGUGUAGUGCGCAUCAUGGGCUUUAUUAUGUAUAUUAAGGGGACCGGUGAUCCGAAGAAAAGGAGACACGAAACAUUUGGCUAUCUUGGAAUGCUAGUUAUGCUGGGACUUUCGCUAGAAGCCUCGUUGCGUAUCCUAGGCUAUAUUUAA